UGUUUGUGAUCUCCACCGCGAGUGAAUGGAGGCUGGUGGUGCGCUCGCGAGUUGCCAUAUGGACUAUUGAAUCACGGCAGGGAGAUAUUGCCUUGUAUGUUUACGUAAUGGACGUGUAAUGUAUACAAUGUAAACUUUUGGACGUUAAGCAGCGUGAAUGAAAGUACGUCGGAGUUUUUCUGGAACUUUUCACCGCUGAGAAAGGAUGACGACAACACAAUAGUGUUGGCAACCUGCAUGUGUUUUGGUUCCCACACGCUGGGCACCCUACAGCAAAGAUGAGGAUACAGGGACAGCCCGAGGGCGCGAGGAGGCGUCUGGAUUUAAAUGCAGCCGGGGAUCUGAGGGGCGUGGAGCUCAUACGUGGACGGGCAGGAUAUGGCUUUACUAUCACGGGGCAGAGCCCAUGUCUGCUAAGUGGCAUCCUGGAGGGAAGCCCUGCUGACCUAGUGGGACUCAAACAGGGGGAUCACAUCAUGGCCAUCAAUGGAACUGACGUGUCCACUGCUUUGCAUGAGACGGUGGUGCAGUUGAUUGGCAGCUGCAAAGGACCCCUGCAGUUAGUGGUGCAUGUUGCAAGCCGAGUGAUGGGAAACCCCAUUCUUAAUGACGCAAAAUUUGGGAUUGCCCAGAAAAAUGGUAUGUUCCAAAAGGCAGGUGUUCUCCGCACUAUCUCAUAUGAUUCAAGCAACUCCUCCUUCAACUCAUGUCAGGCUAUCAGCCCCAGACAGAGGCCGGUGUCAGAGCCUGAUAUGUCCCAAUGGUCACAUCAGUGGAACUCUUUAGCUGCGCAGCAAAAUGAGGACAUGUCCAGAGUGGCGGACACAGACUCUGUGUUUACAGACACGGAAGAAAAUAUUUCUGACUGGAGUAUGUUAAACAUGACCUUGGUGGUGGGCUAUCUGAGCUCCACAGAGCUUAUUUUGAACACUACAGGGUCAGAGGAGGACUGUUUGAAAGCCAUUCGGGAGCGAAUACGACUGUUGGGAACAGAGCAGAACACCCACACUCUGGUGAUGAUGAAAGUCAUGUAUGACUGUAUUCGACUUUGUGACGACGCAGGCGCUGUUUUGGCAGCCUUUCCUGCUGAGAACCUGGUUUUAGGGGCUGUGUGUGCUGAAGACCCACGUUUUUUCUGCCUGGUCACCACAGCACACAUAAUAAAUGGACGUGUACCAGAGGGCGGUCCUUUGCGGGCGUCCUGCCAUGUUUUCUUCAUCGACCCAGAGCUGGGGAACCAUGAGGACCAUACGGGCAUUGCUGGACGCUUUGCCUUCGAUUGCACUCCAGAUCCAGACGCCUUGGGGUGCCUGGAAUUCCCUCAGACCCCCCAAGAUGUUCUCCAUUUUGUCACAGUCCUGUACAGUGACCUGGGGGAGGCUGUGGAGAGGCUUCGAGUCAAACUGGACGUGGAGGCUCAGCAGCAAGCCAAGGAAGAGGGAAGUAAUGGCAAAGAAGGCAGUGCUAGUAGCAAUGGGGACAGUGGAAUUGAAAAUGCGUCCCCCCCUGAGGAGAUAGCGGAUAGGGAUUUCCCCUCUGCAAUCCAAAGCCCCCCUGGGACCACCCUCCCCAGCUGUCCAUGGGAUUAUCCUCUAGCUGAAGACCUCACCCCAAUAAAUCUCUCCAAGAAUGGCAAAAGACUGAAUCCAGAGAACAGUGCCAGCACACAUUCCCUUUCUGAGUCACUACCUGGCCCUGAUUCUCUUCAUAGAUUUUAUGGGGGUCCCCCACCCAGACUGGAGUUCCAGUUCAAGCCCCCACCACCUCCUCUGCCUUCGGGUAAAAAAUCGAACUCCUUUGUAGACCCGCUCAGAGGAAGCCAAAGGUGGUGGCCAAAGGCAAAGUGGCCCAAAGUCCUCCACAGUGAGGCGGACCCUCAGGUGACCAACAACUGGUCCUCAAGCGUAAGCCUGGGCUCCGGGACCAAUAACCUGCCCCCCCCCAUGAGCCAGAUCCCCUCAGACAGGUACUGCUCAGCAGAGGUCAUGAUGCUCCCUCCCAGAGAGGAAUGGACCAAAAGGUUUCUCGACCAGAGGGAGAAACAGCAGAAAAACCAUAAUACCAAAAAUGUCUCCAGGUUUUGGGGUAUGGGUGUUAACCGUGCAUCUAAACGCCGCUCUGUCAAACGGCUCAGCCUGGCAAGAUCCCUGGAUGACCUCGAGUCUGCUGCUUCCUCAGAUGGUGACUACAGUGGAGUCCAGUUGCAGGGAUGCUGCAGCCAGAGCAGCCUGAACAGUAAUGGCAGUCUUCCAGGAGCGGGCAGCCUGCGAGGGGUCCCGGAGCAGAGAGUGGCCAGCUGGGCCGCCUGCUUCGAACGCCUCCUCCAGGACCCAGUGGGGGUGCGCUACUUCUCGGAAUUUCUCAAGAAAGAAUUCAGUGAGGAGAAUAUCUUGUUCUGGCAGGCCUGUGAAUACUUCAGUCAUGUCCCUGCAGCUGAUAAAAAGCAGCUGUCUCAGAGAGCCGGAGAGAUCUACAACAGCUUCCUGUCCAGCAAGGCCACCAUGCCGGUCAACAUCGACAGCCAGGCCCAGCUGGCCGACGACGUCCUCACCUCCCCGCGGCCCGACAUGUUCAAGACGCAGCAGCUACAGAUUUUUAAUUUGAUGAAGUUUGACAGUUAUUCCCGAUUCCUCAAGUCCUCCCUUUACCAAGAGUGCAUGCGUGCCGAGGUGGAUGGCCGAUCUCUGCCGGACCCUUACCAGAUUCCCUGCAGUCCUGCGCCCUCUAAACACAGCGCCAGCUCGGACCGCUCCUCCCUCUCCACUCCCAAAAAGGAGGCCAGAAAGCAGAGGUCAGGGAGGUCACUCACCGAAGACAAGGAUGAGAGCGCCGAUAAGAAACGCGGCUUCUUCUCGUGGUCCCGCAACAGGAGCUUUGGAAAGGGCCCCAAGAAGAAGGACAUAGCAGACAUAAACCUGGACUACUGGGGCAGUAAUGGGCGGAGGGAGUCCCAGGGCUCCUUGUCGUCCGGUACCAGUCUGGAGAUGGCCACUUCCUGCUCUGCUGGGAAGAUCGAGGCUGAUAAUCGCCACUCAGUAUGGGAGCGCUCCCCCAAACACUGCAGCGUGGUGCUGCCCGACGGCUCCUGCUCUCCCAUCAGUCUCCGGCCCGGGGCCUCCAUAAGGGACGUCCUCCACGACCUCUGUCAGAGCAUCAACGUCAACAUCGCUGCUGUGGACCUCUUCCUGGUGGGAGGAGAGAAGCCUUUGGUGUUGGACCAAGACUGUAUGACCCUCAGCUCCCGAGAAUUAAGAGUGGAGAAGCGGACGUUGUUUAGAUUGGACCUGGUCCCCAUUAACCGCUCCGUGGGUCUGAAGGCCAAACCUACCAAACCCGUCACUGAGGUCCUGCGUCCCGUGGUGGCCAAAUAUGGCCUCCACCUCAGCGAUCUCGUGGCCAAAAUAAGUGGAGAAACUGAGCCUUUGGACCUAGGCGCCCCCAUAUCCAGUUUGGAUGGCCUGCGAGUUGUUUUGGAGAGAGUUGAUCCAGCUGCAGGGAAAGAAGAUAAAUCCAAGUCUUCCUCCCUAAAGAACCUCCCUCCAUCCAGAAGUUUUUCUGCUGCUGGAGAUGAGAGGUCAACACCAAAGGACUUUUCUGUGAAAGCGAGUGGACCAGACUCAGCACUCCCAGGGGAAAAGAGAAAACAGAAAAAGAUUAAUAUAGAUGAAGCUGAAGAAUUCUUUGAGCUCCUGAGCCGGGCGCAGAGCACCCGAGUCAACGACCAGCGCGGCCUCCUGAACAAAAACGACCUGGUGCUUCCCGACUUCCUGCGUCUCACCCCGGCCAUCUCCUGCUCCACUCCAGACUCCAAGAAACAGAGCCGGGAGAACGGCAUCUCCUCCAGAGUGGCUCUCAGCGCCAGCCUGCGCUCCGAGAGCCUCGACUCCUCCCUCAGCUCCAGCGCCAACGGACACUCCGCGAUGAGGCAGUGCCUGAUGCCGCCCACACGCCACGCCACCUUCGGCACCCACCUGUCCCCCAUCCCGCGGCCCUCGGACACCCGGCCCAGCCUCCGCACCGUGGAGGAAGACACCAACAGCGACCUGACCCUGGUGGGGGAGGGCCACAUCAGCAGCCCCAACAGCACCCUGCUGCCCUCGUUGUCGUCCCCCAUGCCGUCCUUCAACAGCAGCCUGCCAGAAGCCAACUUCACCCCCCCACCGCCCUGCCCCCAGCCUCAAGACGCAGGUGGAGAGUCCACUUCAGAGGGAAACACAAAACCAAGCUCUGACACCAAAUCAGCCACCGACAGAGCCGACGCUGCACAGACGGCUCCGGAGGUGAUGGAUGUGGAGGAGGUCCAUCUGGAGGAGGGGACACUGGAAACAUCCCAGGGAGAGGAGUCUGAGCUCAGCCUGAGCUUCCAGGGCUACGUGGCUGAGCUGCGGCAGUGCCAGAGCAAGCUGAGGAGCACCCAGAUACCCCAGAGUGGCCGGAACCCACCAGAGGGCCAGGACUGCCAGACAGACCUUUACAAGGCCACAAUCGUCUAAAGGGAAACCCCACUGCUGCACUUUUUAAGCCUAAGGCACUGUCAAACAAUGGGCUGCAUGUACACUCCAAAAAAAAGUCAAUAUUAUGGUGAUAGAUAUUGUAUAUUUGUUACGAAUUCUGGCGUAUUCUUGUCGAUUUUUAGUACUGGUUGUAAUUUUUAGGCAGUGAUAUGUUUUUGUUAUGCUUUAGUUUAAUAAUGAAGUUCAAAAUCGUUCUAUUGUGAGCCAUGUUAGACUAAGGACAACAAUGGAAGAAGCCUGAAAUUAACUUAAUGGUACCAGUUUCUAAUAGGCAUUUAGGAUUGAAAGUUGUCAUUAUUGGGUUUAUUAUAAAUGUAACUCUCUUAUAAGCUAUCAGUAUGAAUUGAACAGCUAAAUUAAAAUACCUUGUGGGAACAACAUAUACAAGAGAAGAGAUUAAUAAUUGAUUAUGCCAUCAAUUACAUUUAAAGACACUCGCAGGUUAGGAAAAUUGUGAGAUGUAGAUGAAAAGCUCUGAAAUAAUGUAUUGAAUGAACUCAAAAGCAUAACCAAAAUGUAAAAUAAUACCAUUAAUUAAGCUAUUAAUUGCAACUUAAAGUUUGAACAAAAAAUCUUGACCUAAUGUCAAUGUACUAGUUUUUCUUCUGCUGAGGAAGGCUGUGAGAUAUAGUGGAAAGAUAAAAAAUACUCAUCUAGUAAGAGCACCUUGGGCUAAAACAUUUUUGUCAAACGACUGUUACCCUAUUAGAAAGUGGUACCAAAUGUUCUGGCAUCAUAUGCUAGAUCGUACUUUGUUAUAGGAUUAAAAGGGAGGUAAAUCACAAUUUUUCUUGCAUAUUUAAGUUUUUUUGUAUAUAUUUUCUUCUUAUGUUUUACAGAUAAUACAUGAUGGUACCUUUGUUGCCUGUACUUCCUGCUUCUGUGGUUGUGUGAGGUUGUCCACAUGUUGAAUGAUUAAAAAGCUUUGUUUGCUGUAAUUCGAAUCAAAAGUUCUCUUUUCGUUUGUAAGUGCAUAAUUUAUAGGAUUAAUUCAUUGUUUUAUGUCAGUAAGGGAAUCCUUUAACAUCCUGUAAUAACUCCGUAGACACCCUUGUGAACAAAUAGUUGAAAUACUCCUCUGUUGUACUUUAUUACCCCAAGUCUUACAUAAAACAAUCUCUGCCCUGAA